GAUGGCGAGACUGCCGAAAGCUUCCUUGACGACGUUGAGAUACGAAUCCAUUAGCUACGGAAUGAUUCUCUGGGCUUAAGCCCAGCGCAGCUACAGAUGUGCAGUGCUGAUGUGACUCGGCUAGUGCACGAUGUCCUUCAGCCUGCGGCACUUGAUGCAAUCCAUGAAAGAGAAGGGCGAGAUCGCUCUAUGAACGCAACACAGACAUACCCUGUUUUUAUUGUUUACAUUAAACGCUCAAGAGCAGGGGGACUCCUGACUGCUGAGCUGACGAGCUUUCCUUCAUAAGUUGUUUCAUAUGGCUUGACUG